AUGUCCGAAAGAACCGUAAGGGAGAGUUUCUAUACAUUGUCAAGGGGUGUUGUUGAAACAUUUGGAGACGUGUAUUUGCGGAAACCUUCGUUGCAUGAUUUGCAAGAAUUGUAUGUGGUGCAUGAAGAACACCAUGGGUUUCCCGAAAUGAUCGGAAGCAUUGAUUGCACACACUGUAAAUGGAAAAAUUUUCCGGUAGCAUGGAAAGGGCAAUACGCAAGUGGUCAUCACGGAUCACCUUCGUUGUCGCCAAUAUUCGACGAUCUUUUGAAUGGAAAGGCCCCGGAUGCUCCUUUCACGGUGAAUGGAAACGAAUACAAAUAUGGGUAUUACCUUACAGAUAGAAUAUAUCCUCAGUAUUCCACAUUCGUGAAGGCAUUAUGCCACCCGGUUGAAGAACGAGAUGAUUUUUUUAAGAGAAGACAAGAAGGAGCACGUAAGGAUGUGGAACGUGCUGAAGGCGAAGUGACAUAUAGUUGA